GUUUUAUUUUAGGUUUGCAAGCUGAAUCCUGCACCCCCUGCAAGUCCCUCCCAGUCUCUCACUCACUCCGUAACUUAAUUCUUCUCCUUCUUCUCAUCUGGAGGAGCAAAGUUCUUCUCCGCUUCCGUUUCGCUCGCUUCUCAAACUUCACGAGGAAGAUUGAUAGAGAGAGACGUAGAAUGAGCAGUUGGAAGAGUCUCCUCUUACGAAUCGGCGACAAGUGUCCCGAGUAUGGCACCUCUGGCGACUUCAAAGAUCACAUUGAAACAUGCUUCAGCUUACUUCGGCGAGAGCUCGAACACUCAGCUAACGAUAUUUUGCCCUACCUUCUACAAUGUGCGCAAAAAAUUCCUCACAAAAUUCCUUUAUAUGGGACAUUGGUUGGUUUGUUGAACUUGGAAAAUGAGGACUUCGUUAAGAAACUAGUGGAGAAUACUCAAACUACUUUUCAGGAUGCCUUAGGUUCUGGAAACUGUGAUCAAAUUCGUAUUUUGAUGCGAUUUCUAACUGCUAUGAUGUGUAGCAAAGUUCUACAACCUGGUUCGCUUGUAGUUGUUUUUGAAACAUUAUUAUCAUCAGCUGCAACUACAGUUGAUGAGGAGAAAGGAAAUCCCUCAUGGCAAGCAUGUGCUGAUUUUUACGUAACAUGCAUCUUGUCUUGUCUCCCAUGGGGAGGUGCAGAACUUGUUGAGCAAGUCCCUGAAGAAAUUGAUAGGGUCAUGGUUGGCUUAGAAGCCUAUUUAAGCAUUAGAAGGCGUGCUACAGACACUGGUUUGUCUUUCUUUGAGGAGGAUGAUGAUGAGUCUGGGAAGGGUGUUGUUGAAAAGGAUUUCUUGGAAGAUUUGUGGGAGCGGAUUCAAACCCUAUCAAACAAUGGAUGGAAAGUUGAUAGUGUUCCAAGGCCUCACCUUUCAUUUGAAGCUCAACUGGUUUCUGGGAAGUCUCAUGAAUUUGGGGCAAUAAACUGCCCUGAGCAACCUAAUCCAGCUUCAACGUUUUCUGGGACAACUUAUGGUGAACAAAAGCAUGAAGCAGAGUUGAAGUAUCCUCAAAGGAUACGCAGGCUUAAUAUAUUUUCGACAAGUAAGAGUGAGGAUAUGCAACCUAUUGAUCGCGUCAUUGUGGAGGAGUACUUGCUGGAUGUGCUUUUGUUCUUCAGUGGCUGUCGAAAGGAAUGUGCUUCUUUCAUGGUCAGUUUGCCUGUGCCCUUCCGAUAUGAGUAUAUUAUGGCAGAGACCAUCUUCUCACAGUUGCUUUUGCUACCUCAACCCCCAUUCAAGCCAAUAUAUUACACAUUGGUUAUUAUGGAUCUCUGUAAGGCUCUUCCUGGGGCCUUUCCUGCAGUUGUUGCUGGUGCAGUCCGUGCACUUUUUGAGAAAAUAGCUGACUUGGAUAUGGAGUGCCAGACACGGUUUAUUACAUGGUUUUCACACCACCUAUCAAACUUCCAAUUUAUCUGGCCUUGGGAAGAAUGGGCUUAUGUCUUAGAACUCCCUAAGUGGGCUCCACAACGAUUGUUUGUUCAAGAGGUGUUGGAAAGGGAAGUUCGUCUAUCAUACUGGGACAAAGUUAAGCAGAGCAUUGAGAAUGCCCCUGCUUUAGAAGAGUUGCUUCCCCCAAAAGGCAGUCCAAAUUUCAAGUACAGUGUGGAAGAUGAUCAAGAAAAAUAUGAGGAAUAUACACUUUCUGCAGAACUAACUAGUAAGGUCAAAGGAAGGCAAAGUGCACGUGAAAUAAUUGCAUGGGUAGAAGAAAGCAUAUAUCCUGUUCAUGGUUUGGAAGUAACCCUCAGUGUAGUGGUACAGACACUUCUUGAUAUUGGAUCCAAGAGUUUCACUCAUUUGAUCACUGUCUUGGAGAGGUACGGCCAAGUCAUUUCAAAAAUUUGUCCUGAUCAGGACAAGCAAGUGAUGCUGAUAGCAGAAGUGAGUUCUUACUGGAAGAACAAUGCACAAAUAACAGCCAUAGCAAUUGAUAGAAUGAUGGGUUACCGUCUUAUUUCUAAUUUGGCUAUUGUGAGAUGGGUCUUCUCUCCAGCGAACAUUGACCAAUUUCAUACAUCUUAUCAUCCAUGGGAGAUCCUCAGAAAUGCAGUUAACAAAACAUAUAAUCGUAUCUGUGACCUAAGGAAGGAGAUUGCAUCUCUUAAGAAGGAUGUUGCAUUAACCCAAGAAGCCGCGGCAAAGGCCAAAGCAGAUUUGGAGGCUGCUGAGUCAAAACUUACACUGGUAGAUGGUGAACCUGUUCUUGGUGAAAACCCUGCAAGGACAAACCGUUUGAAAUUACAAGCUGAAAAAACAAAGAAAGAGGAGGUAUCAGCCCAGGAAACUUUAGAAGCCAAGGAGGCUCUUUUUGUUCGAGCAGUAGAUGAGAAUGAGUCGUUGUUCCUUUCUCUUUACAAAAGUUUCUCAACUGUAUUGAGUGAACGCCUGCCUGAUGCAUCAAGAACUGGUACAAUGCGGGAAUUUAAGUCUGUCCCUGCAGAUGCCAUGGCCAUUGACACUGAAGAAUCAUCAGCAAUGGACUUGGACAAUGAGAAUGGAAGACCUAAAAACAGUCAGUCAAACGGCGGGAACACAACUGAUAUUUACAACAUAGGUGAAAAAGAGCAAUGGUGUCUAACAACACUGGGCUACGUCAAGGCCUUCUCAAGGCAGUAUGCUUCUGAGAUAUGGCCCUGUAUCAAGAAGCUGGAAGCUGAGGUACUAACUGAAGAUGUGCAUCCUCUUUUCCGUAAAGCAGUUUACUCCGGACUAGGUUGGCCGAUCAACUAAGUCUAGUCUGGUAAUUCAUUGUUGUAAGUUACAAAAUUUUAAGAGUCUUUUGUCUAACGUAGAUGACAUAGACAGAUGAAAGGGAAAGAAACCAUGUUUAGUGACAACGUUCAAGUAGGUCUCGAUUUAAAUCUGAUUCAACUAUCUGGUAGAUUAAUGAACAAAACAAAAUAUCAGCGGCUAAGAUGAUGAACGGAUUAUUCUGUGUAGAAAUAAUUAUUAUUUAGCUGUAGUAUAGCUUUAGUCACAGAGCUGAGUGGUGAUAUUAGAGCAAACGUUGGUCUUGGACCGCAGUCUGCCAUUAGAGUUGUAUAAUUGCUGUUGUAGAAACAUGAUUUUAUUUUA